AUGCGUCUCGAGGUCAUUUUCACCUCCCUGACCCUCGGGUCUGCAGUCCUGGCUCUGCCCCAGGCUCUUCCCCAGACCAAAUCAUCAAAGUCACAAAACAUCACCGCCACCGCCACCGCAAACUGCACAUCUGAGCCUCUCAACCAGGACACCUGGGUCAAGCUCAAGCUCAACGACGCCCUUACCACGGCGGCGGCCAAGGUUAAGGGCACCAGCAACACGGUGCAGGAGUUGGCCAGUACUGUUGGUGCGCCCAAUUUCUUCUGUGGCCUGGACAGUUUCUGCAACGCCGGCCAACCGUGCACGCCGGUAGAGCUACCGGACUGGUACAUACUCGUGGCGGCGCAAAACUGGAACAGUUAUAUGAACUCGCUCAACACAGCAAUCACGUUCGCUUCCAGUAUAUUAGGGUUGCAACUACCCUCCAUUUCCAAUGAUUUCAUCACCGAGCCGCGCGACGACGUCACGCCGCUCAACAACAUCCUCAGUAUGUUUGCAACCAUAUUGGGCUCCAUCCCCAUCACGGGCGAUAUCAAAACCAUCGUGUCCGGUGGUACGCAGGCCAUAAAAUUCAUCUCUGGCAUGACCAAGCCGGCCGCCCAGCCCGACAAGUUCCUCACCUGGAGCAGCAUCGCCAGCUCGCUCGGCGACGUCGUCAAGGAGUACCAGUCCUCCGUGUCCAAGGCCGUGACGGCGACGCUGAACGCGCCAAUCCUCGACAAAGACUCCGGACUGGGCACCAUCCUGGCCGAUGGCGAGUUCCUGGGGGCGCGCCAAAACGUGACCGAGGAGGACAUUUCCGGACGGGUCCUGGACGCCCUGACCGUCUACGCGGUCGGGCUGGCGCUGACCUCGCAGCGCGUCUUCAUCACGCGCGUCAUCGGGCUGGAUUCGUGCCAACACAGCCAGCCCGAAGCGGUCGAGGAGUGCACGGGCCCGGACAGCAACGGCUGGUUCACGCAGAACCUGCUGUUGCGUGCCGAAGGCAACAAGGCCAUGUCGAUGGAUGACAUGGCUCAAAAGCUAUCCAGCAAGUACGGCAUCGAUAAACAGCAGUACCUGAUGGACGUGGUGAAGUGCUGGGAAGACAACAACAAACAGCAGCUUUUCAAUCCCUUCGCCGACUCGGCGGUUCCCAUUGACAAGAAGACUCCCUGCCUGUUUAACCUGCAGGUAUGCGAACGGGGCCCGGGUGGCUCUGGGAGUAUUGUGGAGACUUGCCGGGACAAGGGCUUGAACAUUUAA